CUUUAUUCUGCACAGCAACAAGUACAGUGAUAAAAGAACCAAUAUAGUUAUAUUAAACUCUCAAUGAUGAGUUUAAGGCUUUUCAGGAUAUACAGUGUUUCUUUUCCACAUGUCCACAGGCUGUGUGUUGCAGUGCGAGGACGACCAGUCUCCUCUGCACAGCCUGGAGCAGGCUGCUCGCCACUACGCCUCAGCUAUCAGACUGAGCACCAGAGAGGCCAGACUCCACUUCCUGUUAGGUCUCGUUCUGGAGGAACAGUACUACGCCACAGAGAUGUACGGCCUUCAGAGGAAGACAUACAGGGACAGAGAUGAAUUAAGCGAUGGCAGAUCAUCGGCACGUCAGGAUGAAAUUCUGGCCGUGUGUAAACUCCACGGUUUCAUGGGCACGCCCACUGUGGAGAACCAGCUCCAGGCCUUGGAUAAAGAGUAUCAGCAGCUAAAGGAGCAGGGGCAGUCCAGUAAAGCAGACUAUGUUCAGACUCUCUACAUGUGGCUCUCCAAGAAAACUGGCAAGGAUCGGAAUUUAGCCGUGCAUGAUGAAGAGAACCACAGCGCUGUCCACCGAGCUCUGAUGAAAUACCUGGACGCCUGGUCUCUCAGUCCAGACAGCUGGGAGUACAACCUACAUGUAGGAAGGCUGCUGCUGCUGCAGGGAAGGAGCCGAGAAGCACUGCAGCAUCUGCAGAGCGGCCUCGCACUGCGUCCCCUGCAUCCUGCACUCAGACUCUUCACUGGACUGGCUCUGCUGCAGCAGGAAGAGAAAGCCUCAGAGGAAACAGAGAAGGAGGCUUCUCUGUUCUUGCAACAGGGACUGGAGCACUUUGUCAGCCAGCGCUGCAGCAAGAGCUGGGUGAAGCAGGAUCAAUCAGAGACUCUGUCCAGCCUCAACACACAGUUCCUGCGAGGGCUUCUCACACUGGGCCAACUGCAGCAGAGAAACACACUGUGUGCGAAGGCCAUGAGCGCCCAACAGGUCUAUCACACUGUGGCAGUGCUGGCCGCCCAGAGUGUGAGUCAGUGCGUGUGUCGUGGCGAGGUGAGCAGGCAGCUGGAGUGGGUGCUGCUGGACGCUCACUUCGCUCUGCUGCUAAGUCUGGUCCAGCAAAGUGAGCGCCAGGCCGGGGACGACAUCAAGAGACAGUCCCCGGUGGCAAAGAGAUGCCAGGCCCUCUCAGCUCUGAUACACCUCACGUCCAUCCCCCCGUGUCAGGAGCUGCUGGACAUGCAGGAGAAAACAUGCCAGCUGGCAGUAGUGACCACACCACGGGACAGCUAUGCCCUGUGUCUCCUGGGUCUGGCUCAGCUGGCUCAAUAUGGUAAUGACCCAAAUUCAGACAGGUCAAAGGAAGCCAUAACGGACGCCCGCCUCAGCUUCCAGGCCAGCAUCGAUCUGGAAAGCAGGAGACAGCAUGGGGAGCCACCUGAGCAGCUGACCAAACAAAGGUGGUGGCAGGAGCGACAGGAGGCUGCCAGACAAGCCAUCGCCCAGCCAAAAGUCGUGAAGGGGCCUUCUGAGUCCAGUGUGGCUAAGAGAGGUGCUCGGCGGGGCAGAGGGGGGCCUGGUCAUGGCCGAGCGACUGCAGCUGUGAUCAAACCUCCUGCUCCUACACCUCCAGCCCCUGUUAGAGGAGGGAAAGUUGCCAGGCCUGCAGCUAAAACCCCAGCAACCAGGGGGAGAGCUGGAGCAGCAGCAAAGCCAGAUAGAUCAACUAAAGCCUCCAGCAAUUCAACUAAUAAAGCCCAGCUCCCUGCCAACAAGUCUAAACAAGCUUGUUGCCCUGAUACUGUUGAGACAGCAGAGGUUACAGCGUCUCCUGUGGAGGACAGAGUCCCUGUGUACAGUCCGAUGAACCGCAGGUCUCACGUCUCGCGGCUCGGUCUGGCCCGCGCCCUCUCUCACUCCGCAGACACCCAGGACGAGGCGAAGCAGCUCUACAGAGAGGUCAUCGUCAUGGCACCAGGGGUCCAUGAUGCUUACGCCGAGCUCGGGCAGCUGCUGGAGCCAUCAGACCCUCUGGCUGCUGUGGACUUGUACUGCAGGUUUCCUCUGAAGCCUGUGGCCGAGCAAAGCUUCGAUGACGCCUUCAUCACGGGAGAGAUCGUCCGUCUGCUGAUGGCACAGGAGCAGUACUACCACCCACAGCUGGGCCCCAGCCUCGCAGCAUACGGAAAAGUCAUGGGCCUAAGCAGCAUAGAGAAAUACAUCAACAUCCUGGAGGAGAAGUCCAUGACCAACCUGCUGAGAAGUGUCUACUCCACUAUGCAUGGCAGGCAGGAGGACGACGAAGAGCUGCAGGGCUUUUUCAAGUUCAAAUGUUGGAUAUGA